UAUCAAUGGUAAAUAUACCACUAUUGACCAUGGAUGAUUAUGGGCUAUUAGAACCAACAGAUGUUGGCACUAUGACUAUAGAUUAUGAUCCAAAAGAUGAAUUCAAAAGACGAAUAAAUCGUUGGGAUCAAGACGAGGUUGUAUGUAUGCUGAAUUUAAUAAAGGAAAAUAAUUUUGUUAGCAGAUAUUCUGUUACUAAGAUGUCUAGUCUUUUGAGCCAAUUGAUGCUCAAAAAAGGUUGGAAUCGAACUGAUAGACAGGUACAUCAAAAACUAACAACUAUGAGAAAGAAUUUUUUAACUUGUGAAAGACAAAAAUUAAUAAAUGGUACCUUAAAAGAAUGUCCUUUCUUUAAAGAACUUCGUGAAAUCUAUAGAGAUGUAAAUAAUUCUAAUGGUAUUGAUUCAGAAGACUAUGAUACAAGUAGUCAGGAUGAGUGUUUGAUAAAAUUUCCAAAUGAUCCAGUAGACUGGAAUAAAGGGGAAAUUCAAAAAAUGCUUAAUAUAAUCAAAUCUAUGAAAUUGAAAAACGAACUUACACUUACGUUUUUUUCUCCAGUGGCUGUCAGAAUGAUUGCAGAAGCCAUGCAAAAUGCUAGCUUUGACAGAAGUAUAGAACAAGUAAAAAAUGCACUGAUUAAUUUAAGGACCAUGUACAUAGAUUAUAAGAUAAGUUUCGAUAACAAUGAAAAUCCGAGAGAAUGCAUAUUCUAUCCCUGUUUAGACAUAUUUUGGGGAAAAGAAUAUAAAAAGUGUCGCUUAAAAGAGAAACGAAAAAUAAGAUCAGAUGAUUCUUGGUCCAUUGAAGAAACUAUUGUUCUUUUAACUUUAAUACAGGAUUUAAAUAUUACUGAAGAUGCUUAUAAAAAUACUGAAAAAGGUGCUGAGGAUUUAAGACAAAGUCUAGCAGAAAACGGUUAUUGCAGAUCUAAACAGCAAAUUAUGAAUAGAUUAAUUCAAUUAAAAACAAAUUUUCUUAAUGUACAUACUUCAUAUGCAGAAACUGAAGCUCUACAAAGAUUUCCUUAUUAUAAUUUGUAUAAGAAGCUUUUUGAACGACAAUUUACUCAUGAAAUGAUGAAUGAAUUAAAUUUUAGUACCAACGUUCAAAAUAAUUCAAUUGAAUUCAUAAAUUUCCAUGAGAAAGCUAAAGAAAAAUUCCAAAAUAGUAAUAAAGAUGUAGAUUGGUGUACAAAAGAAGUAAAACUUCUUCUAAACACAGUUCAAGAAUUAACAUCUGGAUCCUAUUCUAAUGACAGUUUAGAAGAUGAAAAAUUACAAAAAUUAAUACAUAUUUUGAAGGACGCUGGUCACCAAAAAACUGCAGAACAAAUAAAGUAUAAAUUAGUACAACUUAAAAAUUUGUAUUUAAAAUGCAAUCUUGAAGACAGUUCUGAAACAGAUAUUUUUGAAUGCCCUUUUUACAAUGAAUUACAUACUAUUUUUCAUACACCAGUUUCUGAUGAAAGGUACGAAUUUAUUCAAAAUCUUUUAACGGAAAAUUUGGAUCUGAAUACGUCAAAAUCCUCUGACCAUAGUUACACAAAUAUUAAACUUGGCAACUCAUCUAGUGAAAAUACAGUGAAUGUUAAAGUGACUGUUGUGCCAAAUAAGUCUUUAGAUACAUGGUUUCCCAUUGAAAAUAUUAUUGAUGAAGAUAAUAUAACUACAUCAUCGCUUAAAUUUAAUAAUUUAAGUACGGUUCAUACAAAGGAACAAGAGCAGAUUAUUGACGACACCUUUCUCGCCAUCCUUCCUAACAACAGUAAUAAUAAAAUUGGUGAUGAUUGCACAAUACCUGGUGAAUCAUUUUUUCUCAAAUCAAAAAAUAUUGUAGUUCCAGAGGAACGUGUGCCGCAAAUAAUAACAAAUGUUGCUCUUGAUCAAGAAAUAACAACUACCACUGAUCAAGAGAUAAAAACAGAUUAUUCAAAAAUUUAUAAAUAUAAUGAAAGUCCUGACAAACAAGUAUCUAAUUUAACCAUGGGGUAUGUUAUUACUGAUAAGAAAGAGGGACCUCCAGCUAAUAAGAAAUUGAAAAUUAUGGAAGAUGAAAAGAUUUUUAGUAAAAAUAAAUUCUUACUAAAACCUGUGGACAUGAAUCCUUCUUCUUUAAACAUUACAAACACUAAGUUCGUUCGUUUGAUUGUUGCCAAUGAACCGAACAAAAAUAAAGUUAAUCAUAUUACUGCUCAUAUAGAACCUAUGAAUAUUAAUAUGACAAACUCAAUGAAUUCGAGAAUAAAUUCACCGAUCGACAGACCUGAUAUUUCUAAACUACCAACUGAAAAAAUUUUAAUAAAAGAAGAGUCAAAUAGAUAUAAAUUAGAUAAUAACAUGGAAACGAAUGUUAUUAAAAUAAAAAGUCAUGAUAGUUUGGAAAAUAAUUUUACAAAUAAAAAUUCCUAUAAUAUUGAAAAUAAAAUAUCUGAAACAAUAAAGGAAGCGGUACAAAAAAUAAAACAGCAUAAUGAAUUAAUGCAGCAAAAACAUCAUGCUUGGAUGGAAAAACAAUUUGAAAUUCAACGAAAGCAUAAUGAAAAUGAAAAAAAAAUUCUAACAAAUGAAUUGAAAGAACUGAGAAAUAUUAUCACAGUACUGUUAGCGAAUAAGCAGCCUUUCAUGAAUAGUCAGAAUAGAUAGAUGUACAUUUUAAUGACAAACAAAAAUACUUUUUAUUGUAAGAAUUGUCAAGCUUUAAAAAUGUACAAAACUCA